AUGGACAUUCUUUUUUUCGAAUUCUCUUUAGCAAAUUUUUAUUAUCCAUAUCAAAGCACAUUUCCAGGCCAAAAUUUUUAUAUGAAUCCGUAUUCAUAUCCUCCGGAAUAUUUCAUGAAUCCAAACUUUUAUCCUUUCUCAUAUUACGAUUACCCACCUGAAGACUUUAUAGCUAAUGAAUUCUAUGGUGGAGGGUAUCACCAUUUGUUCCAAGAUGGACCUGCGGGUACACUUUAUCCAUAUUCGAACUUUCAAUUUAGACCAUUUCCUUUAUACGAACGCAGAAAUUUUCUAGAUUUGCCAAAAAAUAAAUUCGCAAGGGAUUUCUAUAUCGAAAACCAACCUAAUUUUAUGUCAACUAAGCAUAAACGUUUUGCAGAACCACUUUUGAAACCACCAACUAUUUUCAUGUCAAAUCAAAACCAAGAUGUUGAAAAAACUGCAGCUUCGAACCUUAACAAUAUUGACCUAGCCGCGGUUAAUUCUAAUACUUUGGCGAAUUCAAUAGAUAAAGAAUCGUCAAAUACUGUGUUUCAUAAAAGAAAUCAACCCCGGCUUUCGGAUCAAAGACGUGCUAUAGGAUCUAUGGUACCGAACGUCUUUUCAUCAAACCAAUUCCAAGACAUUCAAAACACAGCAGCCACAAACUUUAAUAAUGUUGAGAUGUCUGCAACUAACUCUAAUAAUUUUGAGAGUUCAAAAGAUAAGGAAUCGUCGAACACGAUGAUGAUUCAUAAAAGAUAUCAAUCUCAACCUUCAAAUCAGAAGCGUUUUAUAGGAAAUAAUCUACCGGUCUUUACUUCAAAUCAAAACCAAGAUAUUGAAAAUCUUGAAGCCGCAAACCUUAACGCUGCUGAAAUGUCAACAACUAAUGCCAAUACUUUAGAGAGUUCACAAGAUAAAGAAUCAUCAAGCACGAUUUUCCGUAAAAGGAUUCCUCAACCUAUGCCGUUCUUUUCGUCUAAUCAACUUCAAGACAUACAAAACCUUGAAGCAGCGAAUCUUAAUACGGCACAAAUGUCUGCAACUAAUGGCAAUAAUUUAGAAUCUUCAAAAGAUCAAGAAUCAUCAAAUACGAUAAUGUUUCAUAAAAGAAAUCAGCUUAAAUCUUCAAAUCAAGAGCGAUCUAUAGUACCUGGUUCUGGUUCACCAUUAAGUUUCUUAUCUAAUCAAUCUCAAGACAUACAAAAUACACAAGCCGAUAACCUUAACUCGGUUGAAAUGUCUGCAACUAAUGCCAAUAAUUUCGCGAAUUCAAAAGAUCAAGAAUCAUCAAAUACGAUAAUGCUUCAUAAAAGAGAUCAGAUUGAAUCUUCAGAUCAAGAGCGUUCAAUAAUACCCGGUUCACCAUUAAAUUUCUUAUCUAAUCAGAACCAAGACGUAGAAAAUACAAAUGCCGCGAACUUCAACUCAGUUGAGAUGUCCACGACUAAUUCUAAUGCUUUAGAGUCUUCAAAAGAUAAAGAAUCUGCGGGUAGUGUAAUGAUAAACAAACGAAAUGACUUUGAACGUGAUGUCGGUAUACCCUAUUAUUUGGAUGCUGAAGAUAUUGAAUCAUUUAACAAUUUUCUUGUAGGUAAACGAAACGAUGCUUAUCCCAAUUUCAACUUUCGCUACCAACGCUUCAUUGAUCAGUUGGAUAAUUUGGGUCCAUUUGAUGAUCAUUAUCGACAACCCUUUGAGCCAAACGACCUAUACUAUAAACAGUACCUGGAAAUUUUUGAUCCGUACUUUAGGCCUGAAGCAGACCACCACUUAUAUCUUGAGUCAAUGUACGAUCAUUAUAGACGUUCCAUCGAACUGUUUGAUAAUACACUAUUUAGACGUAGUAUUGCCCCCGGAAUUACAACACCCAUAACACCGUUAACACCAUUCCCACAUGGUGCAGCGUUUAAAGGUACUGGAGCUAUUCAAGCAUCGAAGUUGAAUAAUAUAGGCAUUUCGGCUCUUGGCUCUUCUGCUAAUUUAGAUCAAA